AUGAAGCGGUGCCGGUCGGACGAGCUGCGGCAGCCCGAGGAGGACCCCGGCGCCACGGGGGAGCCGCCCGGCCCCGCCGCCAUGGAGGCCAAGCCCGGGGAGGCGGCGGCGGCCCCCGAGGCGGGCGCUGUCCCGCCGCCGCGCACCAAGCCCCCCGACCUGAAGAAAAUCCAGCAGCUGUCCGAAGGGUCCAUGUUUGGCCAUGGCCUGAAGCACCUUUUCCACAGCCGCCGGCGGUCACGGGAGCGGGAGCACCAGAACUCACAGGACUCGCUGCCGCCGCACUAUGGCAUGUCUGACCACGACUCCCCCGACGAGAAGGAGCGGUCUCCGGAGAUGCACCGUGUCUCCUACGCCAUGUCCCUGCACGACCUCCCGGCGCGUCCCACCGCCUUCAACCGGGUGCUGCAGCAGAUCCGCUCUCGCCCCUCCAUCAAGCGCGGCACCAGCCUGCACAGCGGCAGCCGGCGGGCCAAGAGUGGCUCGCUGGAGCCCCAGAAAGGGAGCCCCCACCUCGUCCGCAAGGCUCCCCAGGACAGCAGCCUCACCGCCAUCCUGCAUCAGCACCAGGGCCGCCCCAGGUCCUCCUCCACCACCGACACUGCCAUCCUCCUGGCCGAGAGCGGGGCCGUCUACCUGCUCACCGAGGACACCGAGUGCCUGGCAGAUAAGCUGGACAAGGGGGACGUGACCGCGCUCAACCUGCCCUCCACCGCCGGGCACGGCGACGCUGACGGCACCGUCUGCCUGGAUGUCCCCGAUGGCACCCCUGACCCUCACAGGACGAAAGCCGCCAUCGAGCACCUGCACCAGAAGAUCCUCAAGAUCACCGAGCAGAUCAAGAUCGAGCAGGAGGCUCGGGAUGACAAUGUGGCCGAGUACCUGAAGCUGGCCAACAAUGCAGACAAGCAGCAAGCCUCCCGCAUCAAGCAGGUUUUCGAGAAGAAGAACCAGAAGUCGGCGCAGACCAUCGCGCAGCUGCACAAGAAGUUGGAGCACUACCACAAGAAGCUGAAGGAGAUUGAGCAGAACGGCCCUUCCCGGCAGCCCAAGGAUGUCUUCCGGGACAUGCACCAGGGUCUCAAGGACGUGGGCGCCAACGUUCGCUCCAGCAUCAGCGGCUUUGGCGGCGGCGUGGUGGAGGGUGUCAAGGGAGGGCUCUCAGGUCUGUCCCAGGCCACCCACACCGCCGUGGUCUCCAAGCCCCGGGAGUUCGCCAGCCUCAUCCGGAACAAGUUUGGCAGCGCAGACAACAUCGCCCACCUGAAGGACACGUUGGACGAUGGGCACCCGGAGGAGGCUUCACGGGCUCUCAGCGGCAGUGCCACCCUGGUCUCCAGCCCCAAGUAUGGCAGCGACGACGAGUGCUCCAGUGCCACCUCCGGCUCGGCUGGUGGCAGCAACUCAGGGGCAGGACCCGGCGGCUUGGGGAGCCCCAAGUCCAACACGCUGGACAGCCACCACAAUAACUUUGACACCAUCCUGGAGGAGCUCCGGGAGAUCAAGGACAGCCAGUCGCACCUGGAGGACUCCAUGGAGGACCUCAAGGCCCAGCUGCAGCGGGAUUACACCUACAUGACACAGUGCUUGCAAGAGGAGCGGUACAGGUAUGAGCGCCUGGAGGAGCAGCUGAACGACCUCACCGAGCUGCACCAGAACGAAAUGACCAACCUGAAGCAGGAGCUGGCCAGCAUGGAGGAGAAGGUGGCCUACCAGUCCUACGAGAGGGCACGGGACAUCCAGGAGGCAGUGGAGUCCUGCCUGACGCGGGUGACCAAGCUGGAGCUGCAGCAGCAGCAGCAGCAGGUGGUGCAGCUGGAAGGGGUGGAGAACGCCAACGCCCGAGCGCUGCUGGGCAAGUUCAUCAACGUCAUCCUGGCCCUGAUGGCUGUGCUGCUCGUCUUCGUCUCCACCAUCGCCAACUUCAUCACCCCGCUCAUGAAGACCCGCAUGCGCAUCCUCAGCACCGCCCUGCUUGUCCUCUUCCUCUUCUUCCUCUGGAAGCACUGGGACUCCAUCACCUACUUUCUGGAGCAUGUCCUGCUCCCCAGCUGAUCCGCAGCCCAGCUGCUGCGGCCCCGGGGGCUUUCCAUUUCCCGCAGAGGAGAGGGCCGGGGGGACGGUGGUCCAAAGCCUUCGC